AUGGCUCCCACUACCCCCCUCCCGCCGAACCGCUCGCGCGCCAUCAAGGUGGAGCUCUACUGCCCCGAGACCGGUGACAAAGCGGACAACUUCCUCAUUACACCGUCAAUGACACAUGACGACAUCAUCUUCAACAUUGAGCGCACACUUCGUCUUCGUGAUCAAGAGAUCUGGGCCUGCGACAUCAAUGGCGAGCUACUCUACAAUAGCGACAUGAACUCCUUCCACUUCAACAAUGUCGCCGAUGGAGAGAAGUUGCUGAUCGGUACUUACGACUACCACCGUAUCAGUCCGGAGCCUGAGCUGGAGGUCAUUCUGUAUCUUGAUGAUACAUCAGGCCUACUAAAGAGGUCACUCAGGGCACUCGGAAAAGAAGCUCUUCGCAACCACAUGAGCAAGCUUCGUCGUUGCGAUGCCCCUCUCCGCAAGAACGUUCUCCGCCUCGUCAAGCCAUACAGCCGUAUCGCGAGCUUGAUCAAGGACUUCGAUUCUGCGAACGCGAAGACACUGAAGCAGAAGUACAGUGUGUCCGCGUCGAAGCGCGACAUCAAGAGCUUCUGGUGGAUCAAGGACACGGCGAUGAAGUUUGAGCCGGGGGUCCUCGCUCUGAUCGCGAUUCUCGCUGAAGCAACAGCGGGUAACGACGAGAUCGCUUCAGAUGCGCUCAUCGAUGCGAAGAAGGCUCGUCUCGACAACACCCCUUGGGGUUCAAAGGAACUGCAAGAGGAAGACGUUCGCGAAGCCAUCAAGGCACUUUAUGAGGCUGCGGAUGCCCUCGAUUCCGUGUGGCCGGAGACCAAGGACAACAAGAAGAUCGCGGUCAAGGAUGCAAAGAAAGAACGCUAUGCGAAGGCUAGCGGCAAGGGCAAAGCGGUCAAGCGUGAUGCUGAUCUGGGUGAAGAGGCCUUUGAGGCUGCGCAUCCUGGCACGAUGGCUUCGCGCGAGAUGGAUGGUCUGGCCGGACUUAUAGGCAAGAGCAAGUUGCCGGAUACGAUGGUGUCUGAUGACUCCGAUGAGGAGCCAGUAGUGAAGCCAGGUAGACUUCGGCGUACUUAG